AUGUACACUUCAUUGCCAGCAAUUCAGGAAGAUGGCGCAAACAAUCACCAUGACUCUAACCUCAACAGUGUCACAGAGACGACUCCUGCCAUUGCUCAAAACGACAAGGACUUAAGGAGGCACGAUGCUGGCUCAGCCGAUGAUGCGAUUCCGGAGAGAGAAACAUGGGGAGGACGCUUUGAGUUUAUCCUGUCUGUUAUGGGUUAUUCCAUUGGGCUAGGGAAUGUCUGGAGAUUUCCAUAUUUAUGCUACGAAAAUGGUGGAGGUGCAUUUCUGAUUCCAUAUUUCAUCAUGAUCGGACUGGUGGCAUUACCAAUCAUAUUCCUGGAGCUAUGUCUCGGUCAGUUUUCCAGUCUUGGAUGCAUCAGUGUUUGGAAAUACAGCAAACUAUUUAAAGGAGCUGGAUUUGCCAUGGCUUUUUUGUCGGCGGGCUUUUGUCUUUACUACAACCUGGUUCUUGCAUAUUGCAUUUAUUACAUGGUGAUAUCCUUCUUCAAUCCUCAACCCUGGGUUGGUUGUGACCAUGAGUGGAACACAGACAACUGCUAUGAGGGGAAGUAUUUUGGACAUUUAGACUUGAAUGACACUACAAAUAGCUCUUUAUACUCAACGACUGAAACAUUUACAUCGACAUUACUAUCUACUGUGGCAAACUUCACAACAGCUGGGAAUUAUACAGGAAAGCAUGUACGAGCCACAGAAGAAUAUUGGAAGCUCCAUGUCUUAGACAUAUCUGAUGGUUUGCAUUCUCUUGGAUCUAUUCGUUGGCAACUCUUCUUGGCAUUUACAGCUGCUUGGGUCAUUGUCUACAUAUGUAUCUCUAGAGGAGUCAAAUCGUCUGGUAAAGCAGUCUACUUUACAGCAACCUUUCCUUAUGUUUUGCUCAUCGUUCUCUUAAUUCGCGGAGUGACACUGGAAGGGUCUCUUCAAGGAAUUUUGUUCUUCAUCAGACCGGACUUUAAAUCUCUUGGUAGAGCAAAGGUAUGGCAGGCAGCAGCCAAUCAGGUGUUUCUCUCCUUCAGCCCAGGAUGGGGAGGUAUGCACACACUAGCCAGCUAUAAUAAAUUCAACAAUAACUGUUACAGGGAUGCCUUUAUGUUCUGCAUCUCAUGUGCCUUUACCAGUAUAUUCUCUGGUUUUGUCAUGUUCUCAAUUGUUGGUUUCAUGGCACAUGAUUCUAACACAUCUGUUGAAAAGGUAGUUGAUGCUGGUUACGGUUUGGCGUUUGUGGUGUUUCCUGAGGCAGUGAGUCGCAUGUGGCUCCCCCAGUUGUGGUCUUUCCUAUUUUUCUUCAUGCUCAUUAUCCUUGGACUUGACAGCCAGUUUGUUUGCUUGGAGACUUUGAUCACGGCACUAACAGACGAGUUAGCAGCAAUAUGGCCCAAAACAAGACGUUGGAAAUGGUUGAUAACCCUUGGAACGUGCUGUACAAUGUUUGUCGUUGGCUUACCUCUUGUUACUCAAGGUGGUAUUUACGUAAUGACUCUUCUGGAUUGGUAUCUGUCUGGCUUUUCACCGAUGGUGACAACAAUUACAGAGACUUUGGUUGUGUCCCACAUUUAUGGAGUCAAUCGUAUUUCCAGAGAUAUCCACUCAAUGCUAAACUUUACUCCCUCCCUCUAUUGGAGACUCUGUUGGAUGCUCUUUAGCCCACUCGUGUUGCUGUUUAUCAUCGUGUUUGCCUUUUUUGAUUACCAUUCCCCUGUUGUUGGGGAUUAUACUUUUCCAUCUUGGGCCGACGGAGUAGGAUGGUGUCUUGUUAGCUUUUCCAUCUUUUUCAUAUUCACAUACGGGAUAUACCACCUGCUUGGUGAAAAGGGAACACUCAUUGAACGUUUAAAAAUGGCUAUCCAACCGCAUGCGCAGUGGGGUCCAGCACUCAAUGUUAACAGAUUACAGGCUGGUUAUGCACUGAUGCCAGGCCAUGAGCAAGCUGGUUCCGGCAAUGAAUCCAAUAUGAUUUCAGCUCCAGGAGCUGGGACAGAAGAUUAUGAUUUUCACCAUCCUAAGGAAUUUGAAACGGGGGUGUAAUUCCGACAGACACAAAAAACUGUUUUAUUUUAAGGCCCUACUCUUGACUAAACUAUUCUAAAAUACAAUCAUUCUUUGAAUUGAAGUUGAGUUAACAAAACAAGAAAACAUUUACAAAACAAUGAUGUUAUUCUUAUGUUUGUCAGUCCAUUCAAUUUGAUUAGUUUUUAUUUUGUUUUACAAGAAAAAUAAGAUGGAACAAUUUAUAUCAUUCUGAUCAUAAUGAAACAGUAUAACUUAUCAGGAAUUGUAAGUGUAAAACUUGGUAGUGUUAAAACUGUAACUUGAGUGUUUUUGAAAGUAGUGAAUUGUUUUCUAGUGUUAGUUAUUUCUGAAUAGUUAUAUCAAUACCGGUAGUUUUGUCAUGAUUGAUAAAUAGACUAGUUAUGCUAUUAAUUUAUUCGGACUAGAGUAGAGUACAGUAACUUAAGGGUGGCAGGUGUAGAAAUAGCUAGUGCUUAUAAACGUUUGAGUAUAUUUUGAAUUAAUCAGUAUUAACCUUCAACUGUUUAAAUUCCUCCUGAAUUAUUAAGCUAUCUAUCACCCCUUAGUUAAACUUUUAGAAAACAAUUGUAUUUACAAGCCUCACCUAAUUGAUUGAUCUUAAUUUUCUGAGUUUUGCCUGCUUCAUUCGUGUAUAUUACUUGCUGUGAACUUGGUUUAUGGGAAGGUAAAUGUUUGGUAAUCACUCAUAAACCAUUGUGAGAAACUAUUCCCUCUGAA